UAUUAUCGAUCCAAAGAUUUCUUGAAGUGGAACCCGUUCCUUAGACGGGCAUAAACUGAAGAGCUUAUCAUCAUCCAGGACUUUUUUGUACGUAAAACAAAUUUUUCUCUUAGAAUGCAGCUGAGCACGUCGAAGAUUAUGUUGAAUGAGCUGUAUUACUCGGGACGGUAUGUUAAAUUUACAGUGGACGUUGUGCGAGAUGACGUGAUACAGCGGGGGUAUAUUACGGAUAUUGUUGACGGAGGACUCAUCAUCGACUUCCAUCAUGAGGGCCCAUCAGCAACACAAUUAGUUGAAUUCUCCUGUAUCCGUGCAUUACCAACCCAACACUACGCCGCCAAACGUUACCGUAAACCACCACAAAUAAACUCGGAUGUGGAGGUACUAAUCCGAGUCGCAGUAGAUCAACCUCUAACUUGGAAAAAAGCCACCUUCUUGGCACUGUUGCCUGGAUAUGAGAACAAUCAUUUCGACAUUGAGGGUGACAAAUUUGCUUUAGUCCGGCUGCAAUCCAGGAAUCCAUUUUCUUUGGUUGGUGUAAUUAAUUUGUGGCCGGAAUUUGUAGCCAGCGAUAUACGCAUCCGCCAGAAACGACUGUGGCAGACGGUAACGCCGGAGACUUUCUACAAGGUGACCGUGUCGUACGCAUCAUAUUCAUGCCACAAGACCGAUUGUCCGUUCCCACGGUCUCCUCUUCUGGAUUCUGCGAAACAGCUGGACCGCCUGGACGCUGUUAUGAAGUGGGUGUGGCUUAAUAUGACGGGCACGCUGAUUUUGUCCGCUGAUGAUGCCAGUGUCACCGUGCUCUGCCGUCAGAAAGCGAAACGACUACCAAACAAAUUCCAUCGAUUGGUUUUUCACUUAUACGACCGGUUUGUGGAGCAAUAUGUGAAAUCAGGGGGUACUUUUCGUAUGGAGACCUGGUUCACGAAAACUAUCCGAAAUCUACUGUUCUUCCCCAAUUGGCUGGCCUCGAAAUCGAACGUCGUCGGUGCCCUGGUCUCUGCGCGCAUAUCUCAGGGCCGCCAGGCGUUUCCGGCAGUGCAGACCCUUUCGGAUGAAAUGCUGCUGGAGGUAUUACAGAAUAUGGACAGAGCAGCCUCGAGAGAUCUGAAACGUGUCUGCCGGCGAUGGUCUAGAAUUCAUUCAACAGCCACGAUGGAUCGAUGCGUUAUUCUGUAUUCGCCGGGCCGGCGGCGUGAUCACCUGGUAUACCUGGUGAAUGCAGUGCUGCAGUAUACCGCUGUAUCGACUCGAACUUUGCUUAUGAAGCACUCAUCUCCCAGCCACAGCUCCACAACCAUUCGAUUACUAAAAGAAAUGCAGUUGCAGUUAGACCUUUAUGUGUCUUACCGCAGUGAAGUGCCUUAUAGCAGUCACCUCUGCGAAUUUUACGAUGAGAUGGCGUUGUAUCCCGCAGUCAACAAUCUGCACAUUUUCUGUUCCAUGAAAUCAAAGAGCGCGGAACGACUUACGUUGGAAAUGAUCAUGGCUUCACCGGACGAGAUAAAAUGGCUCUUGAGCAUUUUGGGCGGCGGCUGGACAUACUGUUGCACAACUCAAAGCAUGAGCGACACGCUUAGGGGAAUUUCAUGUGUGCUGGACGCGCUAAAUUGCGAAUGUUUAUUGCACGGUAAACUAUCUGAAGCUGUGGACUACUGCAACUUUAAGCAUUGGGACGAAGAAGUAUUAAAAGACGGUCUGCAAUGUUGGCCUAUCAGUCCAGCAACGUUGGAAGUCUUAUUGAAGGGAUUUGAGGAUUACUAUCCCUCCAGUGAAACAGCCUUGUAUUGCAAGAUAUCACAGUUCCGCCUAGACCACCUGAAAGUACUGAUCCGCAAACCCCGCAUGGUGGGAGAAGAUUACUUCCGCUCAUGCGGCGUUCAGAGCUGGUUUCGAUUUACUUGACUUCAUAACUUCAUACCCCAUCUUUCACACAAAGAUCUACUUUAAAACUUGAGUGUUGAUCGGUGUAUGAGCUUUCAUGGUAUCCUGAAUUAUUCUUACUCUCAGAAUUACUUUUUCAUGCCCAGGAAACGAAGGAGUUAGCUUGAUCGAAAAAGCCCGUUUCAAUGAUUGUGUUUUAUUGCAGGUGAUUUUAUUUUACACAGAUGAUUUAUUAAUUUUAACCUAAUUUA